CAUGUCUGUCGUUGCACCGAUCUGACGGUCCCGCUCUCCUCAGACGGUCAGGUGUUCGUGUGGGGGGAGAACGCCAGCGGUCAGCUGGGAUUAGGGAAGGGAGAGCCGAGCACUCGGUCCCCGCAGCCUCUCAAAUCUUUGGGUGGGAUUCCACUGGCUCAGAUCAGCGCUGGAGGAGAUCACAGCUUCGCUCUGUCCCUCUCUGGAGCCGUGUUCGGCUGGGGGAAGAACAGCGCCGGGCAGCUGGGACUCAAUGAUGAACUAGAUCGGGCCGUUCCCUGCCAUAUUAAGUUUCUGAGGUCACAGAAAGUCGUCUUCAUCAGCUGUGGAGAGGAACAUACCGCUGCAUUAACUAAGGAAGGAGGUCUGUUCACAUUUGGAAACGGUUUGAGAGGACAGCUGGGCCACGACUCCACACACAGCGAGCCUCUUCCACGCCGAGUCAUGGAGCUCAUGGGUACUGAGGUGUCUCAGAUCGCCUGUGGACGGCAUCACACCCUGGCCUUCGUGCCCUCCACAGGUCUGCUGUACGCAUUCGGCUGCAACGCCCAGGGGCAGCUGGGCACCGGCCUCAUAGGAAACUCCAAGAGCCCACUUCCUGUCCGCAACAACCAUCCCCUGUGCACUGGAAAUACACACACAAAAGCAGAACGCUACUACAUCAGUAAAAUUCACAGCGGAGGCGAUCACAAUUUCCUCUUGUUGUCUAACAAGGAGAGAACGUGUUGUCCCGAGGAUUUUCGCAUUAUGAAUACCACCAAGAGCAUCACGCUGAUUAAUUCUGAGAGUCUGGACAGCUGGAGGAUAAAACUCCACGACAACUGCGAUUCAAGCAUCACAAA